AUGGGGCCCUAUCCUCGAACGCAACGAGGUAAAGAAUUUGUGCUCGUUGUGGCCGAUUAUUUUACCCGUUGGAUCGAGGUGUUUCCUAUGCGAUCAACAACCGCCUUGGAGGUUGGUGCACUCAUAGUAAACGAAGUCAUUUGUCGCUAUGGUUGUCCCAAGUACAUAUUAUCAGAUAAUGGCCCGCAGUUCGUGGCGGAGAUCUUUACAUCAAUCUGUAAAGACCUAUCUGUAAAAAAUAAAUAUACGGCGACGUAUCAUCCUCAAACGAACAUGACGGAGCGAGUUAACAAAACCCUUAAACAGAUGAUAUCGCAAUAUGCAGAAGGCAAAGAUAAUUCGUGGGAUAAGGAGCUCCAAAAGCUAGCUUUAGCAAUUCGAACUUCGGUCAAUGAAUCAACGGGAGAAACACCCGCUUUUCUGAAUCUGGGACGCGAUCCACGCCUCCCUCUAGACCUGCUGAUUGGAGACACGACCAGCGGCCCACCGGGAAGUCCGGAUGAUCAAAAAAAGGCCACUAAAAGCUAUCGAGAUCGGCUUAUAGAAGAUCUGAAAUACGCCUAUCAAGUAGCCAGGGAGCACGCGCAAGUGAAAAAAUUGACUCAAAAGGCAUACUACGACCGACACACUACCUCAAGACAGUUUAACAAAGGACAGUUAGUCUGGGUCGCCAUCCCACACGGGGCAUUCGUGGGCAAACUUCAUCCACGAUGGCAAGGUCCGUGUAAAAUACUAGAAAAAAUUACUCCAUCUACGUUCAAGAUUCAACGAUUGUCAGACCGAGUAACCAUGGGUACGGUUAACGCUGACCGCUUAAAACCUUAUUUGGCUCCGCAAGCACCUAUAAAACCCCUUAUGUCGGUUACUCCUAUAACUCCUCUCAUGGAUCUAAACCUGGCAGAAGACCACCCGGUAUCAGAACAAUGGCACAAUAAAAAGGGCAAAUCCGCCGAUCUAUCCAGGCUACAUAAUAAUCCACAACCGAGACGGUCAGAACGGAGGAAAAAACCCAUAACACGGUUGCCUUUGUAA